AUGAAGCGCAACAACCCCAACAUUCCCAUCCUGAUCCGAGAGGCCGCUGGCACCCAGCCCAAGGUCUUUGCCCGAUACGACCGGGGUGUCGAGAAGUCACAGAUCCUCGAGGGUCUCUCCGACAAGGAGAUUGAAGAGACCGUCACUGGCUUGGUCAAGGCUGAUCAAUAG